CGCGAACUAUAUGGAAUCAUUCCGAUACAAGACCAGAAUGGCACGCGUGAUAGCUGACGCGUAACACUAUUGUUCAGCGCUCCUGAUGUAAUCAUCUCGUGGCAACACUGAAAUGAGACGGCUCAAAAUUAUAUUCAUUUGUAAGCUGACAAUAUGUUUACUGACAUGGUCCAUAUUUGUAGCGGAGUUAGAUGCGCUACGAGGUUCUGCUGUUGUACUUCAAGCGAGAGCGAAAGCGGACAAAAAAAAUUCGGACCCGGAUGAAGCUAUCGACGUGGACGAAAAUGGGGAACAAGUCGAGUUGAACGUGACUACGACCACCAAACCCACGUUGACAGGCAUACCGCAGAUCGACUAUGUGCACGAUCCAAACUUGCCCCGGGAAUUGAACGGUUACAACUUGACAGACUAUCCAUUCCUAAACUCGGUACCCGAGGAGAUUGAAUUCAAAUGCGACGGAUUGCACGAUGGUUUUUAUGCGAGCAUUCCCCACAAAUGCCAGCUUUACCAUCACUGUCUAUUCGGCACGAGGUUUGACUUCCUGUGCGCCAAUUACACAGCUUUUGAUCAAAAAACGUUCAUUUGCCAUUUUGUGUCCCAGGUGGACUGCCCAAACUCGGCCAAGUACUUUAGCAGAAAUGAUGCGCUAUAUAAAGCCGCCGAAACGACAACGCUGCCGACCACCACCACGUCCACGACGGCCGCGCCUCAGCAACCACAGCAGCAGCAACAACAGCAACAACAACUACAACCACAACAACAACAACAACAACAACCGUUCUAUCCGCAGUAUCAACAGCAGCAGAUGCCGUACGAAGGGCGCAGGGCCAUGCCACCAGGUUACGCUCAGGGCCGGAAGCGCAGACCCACGUAUCGGAGGCGUAGACCUGUGUACGAGUAUUAUUACGUAGAUGACUACGACGACCAGCAGGAAUACUACGACGACAGCGUCGAGCACAUGCCGGUGGCCAAAAAACCCAUAAGAAAACAUUCUCGAUUCAACAAUUACAAACAGGCCGACCUAGAAGCCGAUUACCAGGGAAGCAGUCUGGAAUCGGACGCGCCGCCGAGUGGUAACUUUAAACAGCACAGGGGACAACAGCACGCGCCACAGCAGCAGCAACAACAGCAACAGCAGCAGCAGCCACGGCAACAGCAACAACCAUCGUCGGCCACCGCAGUGACGAAGAACGUGUCCAAUCAGAUAUCUUCGGUAUACGACAAGCCCAGGGCCCCGCCCAAGAUCCGCCGCCCGGUGCCCAUCAACGAACGGGAUCGAUACGAUUACACGUCCGUUUCCAAGUCUGGCCUACAACCCGGUCCGUCGGCGGCCGCCGCUCCCGCGUCCACCACCACAGCCACCAGCACCACCAGUACCACCACGGAAGCCGCGCCGGCCAAUCCAGGGUCCAAGGCCAAGGAGCCGCCACGGCCGGCCGCGACCGAGGAUCCGGUCGAGUAUUACGACGACGACGAGGAAGUGGUGGCCGACGACGAGUACGCGGCGGAACCGGAGGUACCGGCCGCCGUGAAAUCCGCGGUCGCCGCCACCGCCGCCGCAUCGAAGCCCGACCAAGCGGUCAAGCCGGCCAAGGCAGCCGCCGCACGGACGGCGGCCGUCCAUGAUGUCGACUACGACGCGGACCGCGGACGGCGCCCGUCGGUCGCUACGGUCAGGGCCAAUAAGCCAAGCAGCAGGGUGUCGGCGCCCGUCGCGCCGCCGCAGCCACAGCAGUCUGCGGCGCCGCGGAAGCGGCCGGCAGCAGAUCGCGCGGCCGACGAUUACGAGGACGAACUGCCGGCCGCGGCCACACGGCAGUCGAUCUCCGCGGCGACCAAGCAACGAGCGUCCGGGCCGUUCUUGAUGCGGCCAUCGAAACCGACGAAAAUCAACCGGUCACAGCCGGCCGAUGUCGACGACGAGGGAGCGGACGAACCGGCGGAGGCGGUCUACCAGCAGGCCAGGCAGCCGCAGCGAGUGAGCGUCAGGCAAGUGAUGGCCGUUUCCCACAACAACAGGCAUAGGCCGCAGCAACAGCAACAGCAGGUCGCCGCGACGCAGUACAACAGCAACAAACACGCGGCGAGGGCGACGUCCGCGGCCAACCGGAUGAGGCCCAUGCGGCCCGUCUACGAGUACGCCGACGAAUACUACGACGAAUAAUAAUAUUAAAUUGACCACAACGAUUAUGUAUAAUAAUAUUAUAAUAGUACGCCGUCGUAUAAACGAGUUGGUUAUAAAUUAUGUAUAGGAGACGUAAUAUUGCGUAGGUGCAGUGGCUCUGCUCGGAGCGGUACAGUUAUAUAUUAUUAUUAUAUUAUGUUAUAUUUUAUAUGAUUAUAUGCUAAUAUGGCGGCGAAUUUUAUAACAAAACGACGACGACGGAAAAAACGUAUUAUUAUUAUGAAUUAAGUAUGAUUAUCAACGUGCGUCGGACACGCGUUAUUAUACAUACCUAUAAUAGACAUAAACGAAAUAUUAUAUUAUUAUUAUAUACCUAUAAGGCUAUAAAUAUGUAUAUAUAUAUACCUAAAUAUAUAUAUAUAUAUAUAUAUAUACUAUAUACUA